GCAGGGCCCUGCAUGUUCCCAUUCUCUCUGGCUCCAGGGAGCAUGCGAGUCAGUCCAUGGGAGCAGUUGUAGCCCAGCAGAGCUGGGUGCAGUCCGAAUGGCCAGCAGCAGAAUGGGGCCAGCUUCUGCUUCAAGGGAGGUGGGAACACAGGAGGCUUGUAAUUCAGGUAGCUGAUUAAUGUGGGGCAUGUGGGUAUCCUUAUCUCUCCCCAUCGCUGGGGUUUUAGAGGUGUCGAUGCCAUCCUCGCCCUACUCCCCAUGCUGUGCUGGGUGCUGCCUCCCUGCUCUCUGUCCUUUCACUGUGACUCAGUUUCCCUGUGGCGGAGCAGGACCGGAAAGGGGCAUAGGGGAAGUUACAGCAGCUGGUAGGAAAUGGCAUUUUGGGGUGCUGCAGAGCAGCCCUAUCCCAUCCUGUCUACAGAGGUGGUGUUUUGGGGUGCAGCAGUGUGAGCCUGCUCUGUCUGCUGUGGAGCUGUGUUUCAGGGUGCUGCAGGGCAGCUGUGUUCCAUCAUUUUGGGAUGCCACAGAACAGUCCUUGCUGCAUACCGCCUUCUCCUGUGCCAGGGAUCAUGCUAGGGGAAGGAGGGCUAGCUGCACCUUCCAUCCCCUCUGCAUUCCCAUGUGCAGGGCAUAUGAUCAUGAUAAGUCCAUGGCACUGCUUCCUCCCUCGUGUGAUUUAUGGGCUGCUGCUCGGGAUAUGGGUCUGGGCUUGUCUCAGACAAAGCAAGAAUCCGGAGUGCUGUCACCACACUUACCUAUGUGCAGGCUGCAGAGGUGACAGCAUGGCAUCCCUCGCUGUCUCUGCUUUGGCCAUGGAGCAGUGGCUGUAGCUGAGGACAGGAGCAGAGGAUUUCCUGAUCCUAUCUGCUUCUUUCCUCAAUCCCAUUCCUUCCUUGCAGCCCCAAAUCUGCCUGCAUGGAGCCUGCUUUGCAAUAAACCUGCUGAACUGAAGGCAGGCAGAGUAAAACCAGCAGGCUAUAAAACACUGUGAGCUCAACCCAUGUGUCUGCAGCAGUGUGGGGCACACGGUCCCCACAUGCACAUGUUGGUACUUGUUUGUACUGAUGAUGAGGACGGUCAGAGCAUCACCCCGUGCUGCCCAUUGUGUGUAUCCAGUGUGUCCUGCAAGCCACCAGCAGACUGUCAGCACAGCUCUUUUGUAGGUCCAGCUUCCCAUGGAUGCUGCAACCCGCCUUGCUUGUCUGAAGCAGUCUUUAUUUGAGGCAGUGCCCUAAGGGUUAAGCCACAGUUGUGGGAUAGGGUUUGUAGCAGGAACAAAGAGGGCUUUUAAGGUCUGCUUUGGGCUGGGAAUAGAGGGAAUGGAUUGAGCCUUUCCCAGUGUGUUGAAUUACAAAGGUCAUGGAGACCCUUUUGCUGAGAGGCAGCAGUGGUUGAGGUCGCUGCUGGAAGAGGGAGAAAAGAAAUUGUGAAACUCAGUGAGAACAACUUCAUGGGGAGCUUUAGGAGCAGAGUGAAAACUGGAAUUGUAUCCUGAGAUGAAUGAGUGGUGAACACAAGCCUGGGAGCCAGGAGGCCAGGACUGCUGGCUUUGUGCAGGCCUUCUGCCCUGGGACUUUGGGGUGGGUUGGUUUUGUUUUCCCCCUCCAUAUAGCAUUUGCAGCUGCCCUCACACAUGGCAUGUGAAUUUGCAGCAUCACUCUUGUAGGCAGCUCUUGGGCCUCUCCCACCAGAUCUGGGCAGAUGGAGGCUGCAGAGAGUAAAAGGCAAUGCCUGGAAGGGAUGAUCUCUCCAAAAUGGAGACAGAGGAGACAGCUCUGGGUGCCUGCAGGCACAUUUUGCCUGGACAGAAGAGGGAAGUUGACUUUUCAAUGCCUGCCCAAGCUAAAACCGUAUUUCUCACAUGUACUCAAGGAGUAAAGCCCAAUUAUAGCCCCUCUGCUUCAUGUCAUCUAUUCAGGCUGCCGUGCGGGGGUCCAGCAAUAGAAGCCAGGGAAGGGAUGGAUGGCAGAAACAUCUGUUUCCCUUCCCACAGCAAGGUGGGAAGAGGACACAGCCCGUUUCCAUCUUCAGCUUCGGAUGGCACGAGCCAGCCGGCCGGCCCACCCAGGACGUGUAUGGAGGGCUGCAGGAUGUGCUGAGUCAACAAGAGCAUCCCCUUGCUGAGGGCGGGGACCUGAUCAGGGCUGUGGAACAAUAAGGGCUUCCAGCCUGCAGGAAGGAUGAGCACCAGCUGUGAAGCACACGGUGGGCUUUCCAAUUUUAGCCAACUUGGAUUUGUGUUACCGACCAGAAAAGGCGGUUUAGUCCUUAAAACUUGGCACUUGGCCUUUCAGCUCCAUUCGCUGGCGCAGGAUGAUGGAGCUCCCCCGUUUCAUGUAAAGAAAUUCCACAUCUGGUCUUUAUGUUGGAUCAAACGACCUUGGAUGUGAUUUUUGGGGCAAAAGGCUGAUGCUUCGUUGGGCUCCGUCUAGGAGGUGAGAGCUGAUCCCAGGGAAUACUCCAUGAGGGCCACUGCAUCCACCACCUGACCUAGCAGCCUGGAGGCUGCUCUACUUUUCAAGCACCAAGGGAGAGCUGUAGGGAGCACAGAGCUGCUGUGAGGAGAGCCCAGAAAUGGAAGGCUUCAGGGCUCCCAGAGACCAUAUCAUCUUCUGCUCACCUUUGUAGAUGGCCUCAGAUUUGUGCUCCGUGUGCCUGUUCUUGUAACCAGGAACCAUUUCAGCACAAGGGUCAACUUUGUGUACUUCUUGCUGCUUAGCGUUGACAUUGAGAAAGCCUGAACUUCCUCACCUGCUGUUGCCCAAAAUCCUCUCUUUCAGCCCCAUCUUCUGGCAUCACGUGUGCUGCAGAAGCAUGCGACUAACGUAAAGACAUCAAAGCUGCGGUGCUGGUGGAUUAUGACUGCAGGGGAGCUGUGUUGAAUCUGCAAAUCUCUGUUGUGCAUCAAGGACACAUCUGAGCAGGCAUCACCCUCCUGCCCUUCUGGAAAGCAUCUGAACCACCCCAGCCCUGCAUCUCCUGCUUUCCUUCCCUCAGAGCCACUGUGGAAACCGAAGAGCUGGAGAGGACAGUGUGGCAGUUCAGAGGCACACCGUGAUGGUGGGAGCCAUUCCACGGCAGCCACGCCGCUUCUGGGGGGUGCCUGGCUGGCUGGUGUCUUCAGCUAAUUGUGCCAACAGCCACCCCCUGCGGGACAGGGAAGUUAAUCCGGAGCAACCUGGGGUUCUGCUGCAGAGAGAUGCUGUGCUGCAGUGUAUCUCAUAGUGGAGGGCUCACCCAGGCAUCCUGAGUGAGGGGAGGUCCAACUCCCACCCCCUGUCCUCAUACCCUGUCCUGUGGCACUUUACAGUCUCCUUUCUGCUACUGCAUGGGCUGUUGUGACUCCGGCUCCGCUCGGAGUCCAGGCAAGUGAGGCUCCAUGCGGCACAUCCACGCGGAGACGUCCCUGCCCCCGGAGCACAGCGCAGACCCCAGCCUGUCCCAGCCCAAUGGAGAGGCACCCUUGGAGGCUUCCUCGCAGCACUGCACCCACCGCAGCAUCCUCAUGGGGUACAACGAGACAGAGAUCAAGCGCCAGAAGGUUUAUCAGGUCUCCAUCUUCUCGCAUCUCUCCAGCUCCUCAGGGAGCGCAGAGCAGCGGGCAGGCAGCCGGACGGCUGUCAAAAGGGGAUAUCCCGAGCAGCGAACUACAGAGGGAGGGCGAGACCCCAAACGAACUCAAUGGGGUGUUGGAGGGGUGGACGGCAAAUGCGAUGUGGACCCUGGGCAGGCUUCCCUGGAUGAUGAUGAUACCUUUGAGGACGGUCUGUUGGUGGAGGAGCUCUCCCUGUGCGGCUCUGCACAGCACUUCUCCCACAGCGGGCUGCGGGUAGUGGAGCACCGGUGUGAGAGCAGCCCUAUCCACAGCCCCAAGGCCAGCAGAGAGGACAAGUUGCAGGACGUCUCCUCUUCCUCCUGGCCCCAGCACAUUGCUUGCAGUACUUUGCACACAAGAGACAGUUGCCCUGUCUCUUCUGGGGAUCAGCCCAUAGACUAUGGGCAGAAUGGAGAGCGGGCAAGUGGCCACAGCUUGCUUCACCUUGAUUUGCACAAUAUUGCACACACAGCACAGCUGGACUCUGGUGGGAAGGAAGAGAAGUUGGGGAGCAGUCCGGCACACAGCAGCAGGGCUAGUGGAGGAGAGGGAUGGUCAGCAGUGCCCAAUGGGUGCAAGGAGCCGGCAGCUCCACAGACAGUGCUCAGCCCUGAGCCCAGCAACCUGGGCUCCCUGGACAAGACACCCUGUGGGAGCAGCCAGCUCAGUGCCAGCAGCUGCCCGGCCAAGAGGAAGCUGCUGCCCGCUGGUGAGGUUGUGGCCGACUCCUGCUCCGAGGAUGAGAGCCUGUCCCCACCAGUAAGGAAGAAGAGGGUCCUGCUGUGCCAUCCUGUGCCCACAGCCUGCCGCAGCACUGAUGCCAAGGGGGCUCCUUUCUGGAAUCACCUGCUUCCCACGGCCAAGAGCUCUGUGGGCUGUACUGCAGUCGGGAGGAGGCUGAAGAGCGAGCUGCGGCUCAAAUCGCGACAUCUCCGGAGCAGCCUCCGGAGGGGCACCAGGUCCUCCUCAGCACCCUGGGCCACCACCACCAUCAGCCAUGCUCUGCUUGGCAACUUUGAGGAGUCCAUCCUGAAAGGGCGCUUUGCACCGUCAGGGAGGAUCGAGGGGUUCACAGCAGAGAUUGGCGCCAGCGGCUCCUACUGCCCCCAGCACGCCACGCUGCCCGUUGAUGUCACCUACUUCGAUGUCUCCGAACACAGCGCGCCUUCGCCUUUCCUGGGAGUGAUUGACUUGGAGGCCUUGGGAAAGAAGGGUUACAGUGUCCCCAAAGCUGGAACCAUCCAAGUGACCUUAUUUAACCCCAACAAGACUGUGGUGAAGAUGUUCUUGGUGACAUACGACUUCCAGGACAUGCCUGCCAACCACAUGACCUUCCUACGCCACCGCAUCUUCCUGGUGCCCGUGGGGGAGGAAGAAGGGGCCACCAUGGCCCCCAGGGACCCAUCAGGCUCCAGCCCACCGCGCAGGGUGCUAUGCUACCUGAUGCACCUGAGGUUUCACAGCUCCAAGUCGGGGAAGAUCUACCUUCAUGACGACAUACGGCUGCUUUUCUCCCGCAAGUCGAUCGAGGUUGACUCGGGCAUCCCCUAUGAGCUGAAAUCCUUCACGGAGAUGCCGAGGAACCCCUGCUACUCACCCCGGGCCUGACCUUCUGCACCCUCCAGGGCCGCUGGGGAGCCUCCAGCCCAGCACUUCGGGCAGUGAUGAGUGAAGGGCCAGCGAGCAAGCACUGCCUUGAAGGAUCACCCGCCCCAAGUGCCGCUGUGCUUCCAAGCAGUGUGGACACCGUGCCCUGCAGCAGGGCUGGCGUUACCAACCAGGCUUGCGGAGCAGCCCUGGCAUUCCAGGGACAUGCCCAAGCCCUUCUGGCUGCGCUGCUCCCACCUUGGACACUUGUCUGUAGCUGUGGGGGGAGUGAAGAGUUGUGCUGGGGGGCUCCGGGUUAGGCUGCCCACGCUGGUACCGGGACUGGGAGCAGGAAGUGUGGAA